AUGCAUGCAGCGUUGAAACGGGAGGUCAAGGAGCAGAUGCCGCCGGCGAGCGCUCCUGGUGGUUGUUGGGCGGUUGUUAUGAAGGAGGGCUUGUUGCCGGGCGCGGAGGGAUAUGCCUCGUUUGUGUCGGACUCACAACCUCCGACGGCCCGGCGCGUUCACGCUGAGCGCCGCGUCGCUUGGAGCGCAGAACUAUGUCGUAGUCCCCUACUAUGA